AUGUUAGGUGAUGUCAAUAUCUCCGCCAUCUUGGAUUCAUUUAGCGUUAGUUAUGAUAAAAGAGUAAGGCCUAAUUACGGAGGUACACCGGUGGAGGUGGGAAUCACCAUGUACGUCCUUUCGAUAUCAUCCCUGAGUGAAGUCAAAAUGGUACAAAAAAACCCGUUAAAAAUUUUUUUUUAUUAA